CUGCUCCCCCCAGUCCUAUUGCCGAAUCAACCCCCAAAUCACCUGAACCCUUAACCUCGUCACCCCCGGGACCGUGGCAGUCGCGCGUUGAGCGUAUGACUUAUUUUUAUGACCUCGCACGAAAAUAUAUGGGUGAAGCUUUCGCGAAGCAAGCCGAACGGUAUAACCUCGGACGGAAAGAUCUCGCGUUCGCGGUCGGAGACCUGGUUCUACGAAAACAUCGCCCCCUCUCCCAUGCCGCUACCCAUUUCACCGCAAAGUUAGCCCCUAAAUACGACGGCCCCUACCUCGUCUUAAACGUAAUUUCCCCUAUAAUGUAUGACUUGGAAGACCCCCAUGGUAAUCGAAUCCCCAAAAUUCACAUAUCUGACCUCAGACCCUUUGUCUCCCGCUCCCCUUUAGGUAUCACCGACGAUGCUAAGGAUGAAAAGGACUCCCCUCUUCGGGAGAGGGCCAUAUCGUGCCCCAGUGGGGGAGGUAACCCCCAAAACGCCACCCCCCACCCAGGAAUGGUGGGAGAUGGAGGAGAUGCUCCAUCAAGCCCGGAUGGAGACGGACCAGUACCGCCAAUACGGGCACCCACCGGUCAGGAGCCCCCCCAGGACGAGGACGUCGGAGACGUCCACAUACAGGACCCCGGAGACGUCAACCAGGGAAGACUCGGAGGAGCCCUCCCUUCCCCCCUCGCCCGUUCCCUCCCUGGACAUCCCCACCCCUCGCUCACUCUCCCCCAUCGAGUAUCCCCACUUCCAACCCACCUCGUCAGAAGACGAGGUCGCCCCCGAAAAAUCCCCACUCUCCCCCUCACCAACCCCCGAGACCUUGAGCCCGUCGCCAACCGGCUCCGAUCCCGAAAUCCCUGAUUUCCCCCUUCAACUAUCCCCCCUCAGACGUCCACCCACCCCACGAAUCUCCCUCAUGAGCCUCCACACCCCCUCCACUUCCUCACACAUCCCCCAAAAUCAACCCCCAAAACCCAUCCCUGCUCUGAUGUCCCUUCACAUCCCUCGACCCGCAAACCUCCCUCCCAGCUCCGUCCCUUCAUCCCCCAAACCCUCUAUCAAUCGCUCCCACAAACCCUCUCCCCAGCGUUCCCAUUACGUGAGGCGAGCCCCUGGAUUCCCCCAAUUGGCCCCCAUCCCCAAGCACUCCCCCCUCCUCUUCACCGGUUGCUGGAAGUGCAACGGGGCCCAUCAGGCUAGUAUUUGCCCCAUCGGUGCCCGCCGUUGUUACUUCUGUGGCCGGUGGGGGGAGGAUGUUCGUACCUGCCCCGACUGCAGGCUCCUACCCUAA